CUUCGUGGCAGUUGGCAGCGCCAGACGCGCAAAACGUGAACGAGUUCGUGAAACGAUUAACGAUCAACGAGCAACGCUCAAUCGAUCAACGAGAGAGACUUUGAUAUUGACUUUGCUCUUGGCGCCCGCCGGACCCGGGGAAAACUUCAAGGUUAACGCGAGAUGUCAUUUUUUCGCAACAUUCGCUCAACGCUGACGUCGUCGCGCAAGAGCUCCAGCCGCGAUACGACCCCGGUGCGUUCCCGGCCAGCGAGUGUGAUUAGUUCGCGACGCGAUUCGACGACAAGCUCAACGCUGCAGCGUGGCGACACCUUCAUACUCAAUGGCUCCGAUGAGGAGCAGCAGCACCGUGGCAACGAAUCCAACAGCAGCACCCUAGAGAAAAAGUCCAAAAAGUCAAAGGUUUUUAGCAAAUUCAGCACAUUCACGAAGCGGAAGAAGACACCGUCGCCGGAGGAGUUGGCCAGCUAUGAGCAUCAUCCCAGCGAUACGGCAACAAAUACCUAUUACAAGUGGCGCAGCGAUGGGGAUCGCAUGCUCGACUACGAUGCCCACUCGGAUCCAUUCAAUUUCCUGUACGAACAGCAGGGCAGCAACUACAAAAGCCGGCAGCCAAAUGCGGAUGCUUCUGCGGCUGGCAUGCAGCGUCAGUCGAGUCUUGGUGGCUCCUCCAAUUCCAAUUCCAGUGGCAGCUUCGAUUCCAGCACGUAUCGCAAGAGUAAACCGGCCACACAUCUGCGCGAGCAGCUGGAGCAGCUAAAGACGCACUCCAACGAUGAUCUGCUCGAGGAGGAUGAGCGUGACAAAUAUAAAACGGUGACACUGAGCAGCUUUCGCAAAUCCUUUCGAGAUCGUCUGCUGCAGCAGCAACAGCAGCAGCCCCACAAUCCCGCCUGGUUUGUGGAGGUGCCACCAGCAGCGCUAACGACGACGACGACAACGCGCAGCGAGUCCAAAGAGAAUCGUCCCGAUUUCCUUGUCUUUGACAAUGACAACUAUCGUCCACAGUCGCGUUCCCCGCUGCGGGAUCGUCCCUCGCGCUCCGCCACUCGCUCGCCCGUCAAACGCAACGAGACUUUUCGUGUGGAGCAACCAAUGCGUCGACAUGUCUCCCCAUCGCCUUCGCCAGCGCCAGCGCCUGCGCCGCCUGCAGCAGCCAUUCGCAUCGAGAUCAAGAACUCAAUAUUGCCGCAUUCGCCGGGUCGCUUGGUGCCGGUGGGCGUGGCCAAGCCCAUGCCCACCACAGAGUAUUAUGCGCAGCGUCUCCUAGCGAGCAGCCUGGCGCGUCAGCCGCCGCCUGUCAGUGGCAAGAAAUGGUAUCGCAGCCAGAGUCAACAUUCGCCCACGCGAUUUGCAACGACUGCUCAACAGCAGCAGCAGCACCAGCAGCAGCAGCACCAGCAGCAGCAGCAGCACCAGCAGCAGCAGCAGCAGCAACAGCAGCGCAGUAACAGCGGUCGCUAUCAGACUCUGGUGCACAUUGGCAGCGAGCCGAACAAAUCGGCGCCGGCUCCAACUCGAGGACGUGCACCCACCCGCGUUCAGCUGUACGGCAGCAAGCCGAGCAAUCGACAGCACCAGCACCAGCAGCAGCAGCAGCAACAACAGGCCAGUUCCACCUAUUUUGGGGGCCAUUAUAAUGCACCUGUGCCCGCCAGCAAAACCAUGUCCAGUUCACGUCUCGGCUCGGUGGGCGUACCGAGUCUCAAUUGGGGGCGUCGCGACCAACAGCAGACGCCAAGAAUUAUUGCCGCCCCCGCAGCCGCCUCCGUGCAACGACGCAAUCGGUCACCGAUCAAAAUACCUUGGCGAUAGAAUCGAUCGAUCGAUCGAACAGUCAACUAAUGAUCAAAUGAUCAAACGAACAGCGCUCAUUGAUUCGUUGUCUCUCCACAAAUAAGGCAGUCUAGAGCUGAGCGACUUGAGCACGAAUCAACACGAUCCAUCUAACGUAAACUUAAAAUAAAAUAAAGUAAAAUAAAAUAAUAUAUAAAUAUUAAAUUAUACAAAUUUUAAAU